AUCCCACAGCUCCUUGAAAUACCCACGGCAUUUCUCGCGAGCUCAGAGCAGCAGGCAGGUCGCGCAGCUCUUCUCAGUGCUGUGUUAUCUUGUUACGACACUUCAGAGUAAAACAGCUAUGGCUGCCCUGCGUAGACUUAUUCCUUCACUUGCCAACAGCUCCAGAACAGGCGCCUUUACGGUGCAGAAACAGCAAACAUCCUCUACGGGGAGAAAAACGCUGAGAGUAUUCGCAGCCGGUGCGUGUGUCACCGCCGCAGCCGGAGCCGCUUAUUACUGCCUCUCGUUUGACGGUAGAAACUCCGGGCUGAAGAGCCUGAAGAGCCAUGUCGAGGCUCGACUCUUUCAUCUGGCGCUGCCAUCAGUUUCUGCCACUGGAAAGGCCAGAAACUAUGGCCUGGAUGAUGGAGAUGUGUACAUGUCGUCCUACGAGAACAGAUUCCGUCUGUUUAGUUCAGUGGAGUGUGAGGGCCAGCUCUACAUGACGCCUAUAAACUUCAUUGAAUCCAUCUCUUUGAAUGAACCGAAGGGUAGAAGAGCGUGGAAGACUCUCACAAAAAAGGAGUUAGACAAGAUGCUGGCUGAUACCCCGCCUGUUUGGAAAGGAUCUUCUAAUUUGUUUAGAAACCUCCGUGAACGAGGUGUCAUUAGUUACACAGAGUACCUCUUCCUACUCUGCAUUUUAACCAAGCCUCAUGCAGGUUUCAGGAUUGCUUUCAACAUUGAUGCAGAUGGAAAUGAAAUGGUGGACAAACGGGAGUUUUUGGUGUUGGAAGAAAUUUUCCGUAAAAAGGACAAAAAAGAAGUUGCUGAUGACAUGCAAAGACUUGACCAGCAGAGCCUGCAGCUGUACGGUGGUCACAAAUCCCAGACACACAGUGUUCUUAAAAAAGACAGUCAGCAUGUGGAGGCCCGGGGCAUGUGGGAUGUUCUCAGACGUGGCUCGAGUCAAGUUCUGUUUUCUGAUCUCACUGAGCAUGUGAAUGAAAAAUCAGAGACAACACUGCUGGUGCAUUUCUUUGGGAAAAAAGGCAAAGCCGAGUUGAAAUUUGAAGAUUUUUACCAGUUCAUGGACAAUCUGCAGACAGAGAUGCUCGAGAUAGAGUUCCUCUCUUACUCCAAGGGACUGCCGACCAUCAGCGAGGAGGACUUUGCUCGGAUUCUCCUUCGCUACACCAACGUGGAUGAUGUCAGGUAUUUGGAGAAUGUGCGCCACAGCAUACCAGAUGAGAAGGGAAUCACAUUUGAGGAGUUCAGGUCCUUCUUCCAGUUCCUGAACAACCUGGAGGAUUUUACCAUCGCCAUGCAGAUGUACAACUUUGCUAACCGAUCCGUUGGCCAAGAGGAGUUCACCCGCGCCGUCUACGUGGCCACGAGCAUCAAGCUGACCCAACACUUGGUCAACACAGUCUUCAAGAUCUUCGAUGAGGACCACGAUGAUAAACUCAGCCACAAAGAGUUCAUCGGCGUCAUGAAGGACCGGCUGCACCGCGGUGGGGGGGGCGAGGAGAAGUUCACCUCUUUUAAAUCCUGCAUGAAGAAGGAGCUGGCAUCCAAAUAGGUGACCGUCAAUCAUCAGCGCAUGUCUUACAGACUGAACAAGCUGUGCCUCUCUCUGCUCUCUACAAGGACAGCAACAGAAUCUGUUUGUGAGAAGUUUUGGAAUAAACAGGAUGUGGUCAGCCUAAUGAGAAGCUGUUGCAAGUGGUCAAGUAAACAAAAACGACCCACUCUGAACCUAACAAGGAAAUCCACUUAUCUUACUGAUGCAGGGCUCUAAAUAAGAAUUAUUUGUUUGUUUUUGUAAGUGCUUUGGCUUGCUUUGAAAAUUACUUAAGUAUUUAUUUAUUCAUCCACUUGUAAAUAUAUUUAUUAACUUCGGGUUGUGAAAGAUCUCUUUAUUUAUUUAUCUAAAAGUCCAGCGUUGUCUCAUAACUGCUCUGCUUGUUUCCAUUUUAAUCUUUAUUUUUGUUUUGUCCUGAGCCUGAUUGUGUGCAGCGGCAGCAUUGCUCACAUAUUUUGUCCCUCUGGCGGCUCUGCUCUGCAGCCCCCUGCACAGAUCAGCUCAGGACACCACCCACCCCCCCACCCCCC